CUCUAUAUAGGGGGUUGGUAGAGGCAGUGUGCCCUUGGACUGCCCCAGCUCUCAGCUGUUCGGGUUCCGGACUCUCCAACACACUUUCUGCCUUCUUCCCUGGACCUCUGUGUCCCUUGAGCCAAGAUGGCACAGAAAGGCCAACUGAGCGACGAUGAGAAGUUCCUUUUCGUGGACAAGAACUUCAUCAACAGCCCCGUGGCGCAGGCGGACUGGUCGGCUAAGAAGCUGGUGUGGGUCCCGUCGGAGAAACACGGGUUCGAAGCUGCCAGCAUCAAGGAGGAGAAAGGCGAGGAGGUGUUGGUGGAGCUGGCUGAGAACGGGAAGAAGGUCUCCUUCAGCAAGGAUGACAUCCAGAAGAUGAACCCGCCCAAGUUCUCCAAGGUGGAAGACAUGGCGGAGCUCACCUGCCUCAACGAAGCCUCCGUGCUGCACAAUCUACGAGAGAGAUAUUUCUCCGGCCUCAUUUAUACUUACUCUGGCCUCUUCUGUGUGGUGGUGAACCCGUACAAACAGCUGCCCAUCUACUCGGAAAAAAUUAUCGACAUGUACAAAGGGAAAAAGCGGCACGAGAUGCCCCCGCACAUCUAUGCGAUUGCCGACACAGCGUACCGGAGCAUGCUACAAGAUCGAGAAGACCAGUCUAUUUUGUGCACAGGGGAAUCAGGAGCCGGCAAGACAGAAAACACCAAGAAAGUCAUCCAGUACUUAGCCGUCGUGGCCUCCUCUCAUAAGGGCAAAAAGGAUGUCAGCAUCACGGGUGAACUGGAGAAACAGCUACUGCAGGCAAACCCCAUCCUGGAAGCUUUUGGGAACGCCAAAACAGUGAAGAAUGACAACUCCUCCCGCUUUGGGAAAUUCAUCCGCAUCAAUUUUGAUGUUACCGGCUACAUUGUCGGAGCCAACAUAGAAACCUACCUGCUGGAGAAGUCUCGUGCUAUCCGCCAGGCCCGAGAAGAGAGGACUUUCCACAUCUUCUACUACAUGAUCGCUGGAGCCAGUGACAAAAUUAAGAAUGAGCUGCUGCUGGAAGGCUUCAACAACUACACCUUCUUGUCCAACGGCUAUGUGCCCAUCCCCUCUCAGCAAGACGACGAGAUGUUCCAGGAGACUCUGGAGGCCAUGGGCAUCAUGGGCUUCAACGAAGAGGAGCAAAUUGCCAUGCUGAGAGUCGUAUCGUCUGUUCUCCAACUCGGUAACAUUGUUUUUAAGAAAGAGAGGAACACCGACCAGGCCUCUAUGCCGGACAACACAGCUGCACAGAAAGUAUGCCACCUGAUGGGUAUUAAUGUGACGGACUUCACGCGAGCCAUCCUGACCCCGAGGAUCAAGGUGGGGAGAGACGUCGUCCAGAAAGCUCAGACCAAAGAACAGGCUGACUUUGCAAUAGAGGCUUUGGCCAAAGCGACGUACGAACGUUUGUUCCGCUGGAUUCUCAGUCGGGUCAACAAAGCCCUUGACAAAACCAAAAGGCAGGGCGCUUCCUUCUUGGGAAUCCUAGAUAUUGCUGGCUUUGAGAUUUUUGAGGUCAACUCAUUUGAGCAGCUGUGCAUCAAUUACACGAAUGAGAAGCUGCAGCAGCUUUUCAACCACACCAUGUUCAUCCUGGAGCAGGAGGAGUACCAGCGGGAGGGCAUCGAGUGGAACUUCAUUGACUUUGGGCUGGACCUGCAGCCCUGCAUCGAGCUCAUCGAGAGACCCAAUAACCCCCCUGGCGUCUUGGCCCUUCUGGAUGAGGAGUGUUGGUUCCCCAAGGCGACAGACACCUCUUUCGUGGAGAAACUGGUUCAGGAGCAGGGCAACCACCCCAAGUUCCAAAAGCAGAAGCAGCUGAAGGAUAAGACGGAGUUUGCCAUCAUCCAUUACGCGGGGAAGGUCGAUUACAACGCGACUGCCUGGCUGACCAAGAACAUGGACCCCCUGAAUGAUAACGUGACGGCUUUGCUCAAUCAGUCCUCUGAGAAGUUUGUGGCAGACCUUUGGAAAGACGUGGACCGGAUUGUGGGGCUGGACCAGAUGGCGAAGAUGACGGAGAGCUCCCUCCCGAGCGCCUCCAAGACCAAAAAGGGAAUGUUCCGGACAGUCGGGCAGCUGUACAAGGAGCAGCUGACCAAGCUGAUGACCACCCUGAGGAACACCAGCCCCAACUUCGUCCGCUGCAUCAUCCCAAACCACGAGAAAAGGUCAGGGAAACUGGAUGCCCACUUGGUCCUGGAACAGCUCCGGUGUAACGGUGUCUUGGAGGGGAUCCGAAUCUGCCGCCAGGGCUUCCCCAACAGAAUUGUCUUCCAGGAGUUCCGCCAGCGCUAUGAAAUUCUUGCUGCAAAUGCGAUUCCCAAGGGAUUUAUGGAUGGGAAGCAGGCGUGCGUCCUUAUGAUCAAAGCCCUGGAACUGGAUCCCAACUUGUACCGGAUUGGGCAGAGCAAGAUCUUCUUCCGAACGGGUGUCCUGGCCCACCUGGAAGAGGAACGAGACCUGAAGAUCACAGAUGUCAUCAUCACCUUCCAAGCCCAGAGUCGGGGCUAUCUGGCUAGGAAAGCGUUUGCCAAGAGGCAGCAGCAGCUGACGGCAAUGAAGGUCAUCCAGAGGAAUUGUGCCGCUUACCUGAAGCUGAGGAAUUGGCAGUGGUGGCGACUCUUUACCAAAGUGAAACCGCUGCUGCAGGUCACACGCCAAGAAGAAGAAAUGCAGGCCAAAGAUGAAGAGCUCAAGUCAGUGAAGGAGAGACAAACGAAGGCGGAAAGUGAACUGAAGGAGCUGGAACAGAAACACAACCAGCUGUGUGAGGAGAAGAACCUCCUCCAGGAGCAGCUCCAGGCUGAGACGGAGCUCUUCGCAGAGGCCGAGGAGAUGCGGAUCCGUCUGGCCGCCAAGAAGCAGGAGCUGGAGGAGAUCCUGCACGAGAUGGAGGCCCGGAUCGAGGAGGAAGAAGAGCACGGCCAGCAGCUGCAAGCCGAGAAGAAGAAGAUGCAGCAGCAGAUGCUGGAGCUGGAGGAGCAGCUAGAAGAAGAAGAAGCCGCCAGGCAGAAGCUGCAGCUUGAGAAGGUCACGGCUGAGGCCAAGAUCAAGAAACUGGAAGACGACCUCUUGGUCAUGGAUGACCAGAACAUCAAGCUCUCCAAGGAAAGGAAACUCCUCGAGGAGCGGAUCAGCGACCUGACAACCAACCUGGCGGAAGAGGAGGAGAAGGCCAAAAACUUGACCAAGCUGAAGAACAAGCACGAGUCGAUGAUUUCGGAGCUGGAAGUCCGGCUGAAGAAGGAAGAGAAAGGCCGGCAGGAGCUGGAGAAGAUGAAGCGGAAGCUCGAGGGGGAUGCCAGCGACCUCCACGAGCAGAUUGCCGACCUCCAGGCCCAGAUAGCCGAGCUGAAGAUGCAGCUGGCCAAGAAGGAGGAGGAGCUCCAGGCAGCCUUGGCCAGACUUGAAGAUGAAAUCGGCCAGAAAAACAACGCUCUCAAGAAGAUCCGGGAGUUGGAAGCCCACAUCUCCGACCUCCAGGAGGACCUCGAUUCGGAUCGGGCGGCGCGGAACAAAGCAGAGAAGCAGAAGCGAGACCUGGGGGAGGAGCUGGAGGCCCUGAAGACGGAGCUGGAGGACACCCUGGACAGCACGGCCACGCAGCAGGAGCUCCGAGCCAAGAGGGAGCAGGAGGUGACGGUGCUGAAGAGGGCCCUGGAGGAGGAGGUCCGCAGCCACGAGGCCCAGGUGCAGGAGAUGCGGCAGAAGCACACACAGGCAGUGGAGGAGCUGGCCGAGCAGCUGGAGCAGUUCAAGCGGGCCAAAGCCAACUUGGACAAGAGCAAGCAGGCUCUGGAGAAGGACAACGCUGACCUGGGGGCCGAGGUCCGGUCGCUGAGCCAGGCCAAGCAGGAGGUGGAGCACAAGAAGAAGAAGCUGGAGGUCCAGGUCCAGGAGCUGCAGUCCAAGUUCACGGAGGGAGAGCGCAUCCGGACGGAGCUGAACGAGAAGGUCCACAAGCUGCAGGUUGAGGUUGAAAACGUUACUGGGCUGCUCAACGAAGCUGAUGUCAAGACCAUUAAGCUCACGAAAGACGUGGGGACGCUGAGCUCUCAGCUCCAAGACACUCAGGAACUCCUCCAAGAGGAAACUCGACAGAAGCUCAACUUGUCCACGAAGCUCCGCCAGAUCGAGGAGGAGAAGAACAGCCUGCAGGAGCAGCUGGACGAAGAGGUGGAGGCCAAGCAGAACCUGGAGAGGCACAUCUCCACCUUGACUGUGCAGCUCUCUGACUCCAAGCGGAAGAUGCAGGAGUACGUCAGCACCAUCGAAAGCGUGGAAGAAAGCAAGAAGAAGCUCCAGAAGGAAAUGGAAGGCCUCACGCAGGAGUUUGAGGAGAAAUCGGCUUUGUAUGACAAACUGGAAAAAACCAAGAACAGGCUACAGCAAGAGCUGGAUGACCUCUUGGUCGACUUGGACAACCAGCGGCAGCUGGUCUCCAACCUGGAGAAGAAGCAGAAGAAGUUCGACCAGAUGCUGGCCGAGGAGAAGAACAUCUCUUCCAAAUAUGCGGAGGAAAGAGACCGGGCAGAGGCCGAAGCCCGUGAGAAAGAAACCAAGGCCCUUUCCCUGUCCCGGGCUCUGGAGGAGGCCUUGGAAGCCCGCGAGGAGCUGGAGAGAACCAACAAGUCCUUGAAGGCGGAGAUGGAGGACCUCGUGAGCUCCAAGGACGACGUCGGCAAGAACGUCCACGACUUGGAGAAAUCCAAACGGGCCCUGGAGCAGCAGGUGGAGGAGAUGAAGACACAACUGGAGGAGUUGGAGGACGAGCUGCAGGCCACGGAGGACGCCAAGCUGAGGCUGGAGGUCAACAUGCAGGCCCUGAAGGGCCAGUUCGAGAGAGACCUGCAGGCCCGUGACGAGCAGAACGAGGAGAAGAGACGUCAGCUCCAGAAGCAGCUUCAUGAGCUGGAGACGGAACUGGAAGACGAGCGAAAGCAGCGGGCCUUAGCGGCCGCAGCCAAGAAAAAAUUGGAAGUGGACAUCAAGGACUUAGAAGGCCAGGCAGACUCAGCCAACAAGGGCCGGGAAGAAGCCAUCAAACAACUCCGGAAACUCCAGGCGCAGAUGAAGGACUUCCAGCGGGAACUGGACGAUGCCCGUGCGGCCCGAGAAGAAAUCUUCACCACUGCCCGAGAGAACGAGAAGAAGGCCAAGAGUCUGGAGGCUGAGCUGAUGCAGCUGCAAGAGGAUCUGGCGGCAGCUGAAAGAGCACGGAAACAAGCAGAGCAGGAGAAGGAGGAUUUGGCCGAAGAGUUGGCAAGCUCUGCCUCUGGAAGAACGAGUCUCCAGGACGAGAAGCGGCGUUUGGAGGCCCGGAUCUCCCAGAUGGAGGAGGAGCUGGAAGAGGAGCAGAGCAACAUGGAGGCCAUGAGCGAGCGCUUCCGGAAGGCCGUGCAGCAGGCGGAGCAGCUCAACAACGAACUGGCCACGGAGCGGACCACGGCCCAGAAGAACGAGAGCGCCCGCCAGCAGCUGGAGAGGCAGAACAAGGAGCUGAAGGCCAAGCUGCAGGAGAUGGAGGGGGCCGUCAAGUCCAAGUUCAAGGCCACCAUCACCGCCCUGGAAGCCAAAAUCGCUCAGCUGGAGGAGCAGGUGGAACAGGAAUCCCGGGAGAAACAGGCUGCAGCAAAGACUCUGCGCCAAAAGGACAAGAAGCUCAAAGAGGUCUUGCUGCAGGUGGAGGACGAGCGGAAGCAAGCAGAGCAAUACAAAGACCAGGCCGACAAGGCCAGCAGCCGGGUCAAGCAGCUCAAGCGCCAGCUGGAAGAGGCAGAGGAGGAAUCUCAGCGCAUCAACGCCAGCCGCCGGAAACUGCAGCGGGAGCUGGACGAGGCCACGGAGAGCAGCGAUGCCAUGGGCCGGGAGAUGGCGGCCCUGAAGAACAAGCUCAGGCGUGGGAACGAGCCGGCUUCCUUUGCCCCCUCUCGGCGCUCCGGCGGGGGCCGGAGGGUGGUCGAAAACGCCGCCGCUGAGGGCUCGGAGGAGGAAGCUGACGCCCGAGACGGAGACAAAGCCAGCGAAUAAAACGCCACGCUUGCAAAAGAAGUGCUUGCAGCAGAAAACUCAAAAACUCCAGACCAAACUCAAGAGGCGCGCGCGCAUGUGGUGUGGUGUGUCUACUUCUAGCACUGUCCGCAGCCUCCCUUUGGCUAAAGCCCUGCCCCGCCCCCCCAAGGCAUUGGAAAGAGCACCACUGGCUUCUUCUUCAGUACACACACACACACACAAUAUGCUUGUGUGACCGCCGUGCAAGGCCUUUCCCCCCAAAAGUUGACUCAGCACCUCUGUGCUUCGUGGAGGCGGAAUGUGCCCCCCCGCCCAGGGAGAGCAACUGCCCCUCUCCCCUCUUGCUGUCCCCCCCUUCCUACUCCAUUUCUAGGUGUUGCGUUCGGAUGCUGCACCCCGAGCGCUCAUCAGUUCACUCGAACAAGUGCCUUCCCUUCGCCACUUUAAUUUUUAUUUGAGGGGAGGGGGGAGAGAAGGUAAAAUGUAAUUAAGUCAACUGUUUUUGAACUUCUGAAUGUGCUUUCAAAACACACACUAAUAAUAAUUAAAAAAAAAGGUUUAUAAAAUCA